AUGGCGUUGCCGCUGACCAUUUGGGAGUUCCAGAAGCAGCAUUACGAUGUACAUUAUCAAGCAUGGUUUAUCGGCGGCAUCUUCGUCAUCCUCUCCAUGCCCAUCUCCAUUUACGAGAUCGCUAUGCACACCGAGUACUACACUCAACCACGCCUCCAAAAGCACGUGAUCCGGAUCCUGCUGAUGGUGCCCAUCUACGCGGUGGAUGCCUGGUUCGCGCUUAGGAGGGGAGGAACAGCGGGAUACUUGGACCCCAUUCGUGAGUGCUACGAGGCCUUUGUCAUCUACUCGUUCUUCGCGUACCUGAUGGCUUUUCUGCAGGACACGUACGGCGAUUUGGACGAGCAUAUGAGCAAGAAGCCGCAGAUGGAGCACAUGUGGUUUCUGGGGUGGCUGUUGCGGCCCUGGGAUAUGGGUACCCGGUUUCUGUGGGAGUGUAAGAAGGGGGUGCUGAAUUACGUCAUUUUGCGGCCCAUAUGUACGGCUCUCGCCUUCAUCACUGACAUUUUCGACAAGUACGGCGAGGGUCAGAUCAACUUCAAGAAGAGCUACGUGUACCUGGCGGCUGUGACGAACUUUUCGCAGCUGUGGGCGCUCUACUGCCUGGUAAUGCUGUACACGGCCAUGCACACGGAGCUGAUUCCCAUUCGGCCGCUGUCCAAGUUCUUGUGCAUUAAGGCCAUUGUGUUCGUCACGUUUUGGCAGGUAGGCCAGGGGCUGGGGGGGUGA